AGAAAGAACAGUAAAAAUGCAGGCAGGGCGCCGGACAAAGCACUCGGGACAAAAUUGAAUUUAGUGAAUGUCACUUUUACAACUUUCAAAUUUCCCUCCGGUACGUCCUGACGUCGCAGGGGACGGAACCCGGAAGACAGAUGCCGGCAUGGGUCGGAGGACAUUGCCCGGGAGCGCAGGAAAAGGUAAGUGAAGAAGAGAUCCCGGAGCAACACUGCAAGGUAUUCCCGAGUGUAGCUCGGUGUUACCGUUUGUGGUGCUGAAACUUUACCCUGAGCUACACUUGGGAAUAC